UCCAAUGUGUUCAGCAUGUUUGAGCAGUCACAGAUCCAGGAGUUCAAAGAGGCUUUCACUAUCAUGGACCAGAAUAGAGAUGGCUUCAUUGACAAGAAUGACCUGAGGGAUACGUUUGCGGCUUUGGGGCGUCUCAACGUGGGCAACGAUGAGCUGGACGAGAUGCUGAAGGAAGCCUCCGGCCCCAUUAACUUCACCGUAUUCCUCACCAUGUUUGGAGAGAAGCUUAAAGGUACAGACCCUGAGGAGACCAUCCUCAACGCCUUCAAGAUUUUCGAUCCUGAGGGCACAGGCAUCCUCAAAGGGGAAGAAAUCAAAUAUCACCUAAUGUCACAAGCAGACAAGUUCUCAGAAGCAGAGGUGAACCAAAUGUUCACAAACUUCCCCCUUGACGUCGCUGGCAAUCUGGACUACAAAAACCUCUGCUACGUCAUCACCCACGGAGAGGACAAAGAGCAGGAGUGA